AUGCUGCUGUAUGGACAAGAAGACGCUGGUCAAGCGGUAGCGAAGCCUCGUCGACUGCCGAUUCCUGUGCCGAGGUUUGUGGAGGACUCCACGCCGGAGAAGCUGCUGGAGCUCACUUCCACCUACUGGAGGAAGUUACGCUAUUUCAAGCCGCUGCUGCUCACCUGCAGCGUAGACAAGGCGGUAGAAUGCCGCGUUGCUGAUGCCGUUCUAGCGUCGGGAGCUGUCUUUCAGUCUGCCUCCGAUAUACCACAGCUAUCAGAGAUUAUGUCACAGAGAAAGGAUUCUCAAGGCUUCGUUGGGUGUUAUAUAAACGUCAACUGCGCAGACCCAUUCCUGGAAUCGCGCAAGGAAAUAUACGAAACACUGGAUAGUGGAUGCAACGCCAUCAUGGUGGACAUCAACCUUCCCAAUGCCCUUCCGGCCCAGGACCUUGUGCGUAUCGACGAAAUGCUCUUUGCUAUCAAGCCGCAUAUCAUACGCUUUGUUGGCAACACUGGAUAUUUCGCUGCCGCAGUGGCAUCAGACAACGAGGCAGCCUACGCAGCGGGCGGCGGUAAUGAUGGCCUGCCUGACUCCGAUAUCGCACGACUAAAUCGCUGUAAGGUUAUCUCGGAGCGGUACAAUGCAGUUGUUAUUGACAACGACUUGCAUACCGUAGUGAUGAACGCCUCCGACCACGAGGGGGCUGUGUUCUCGAGGUCACCCAAUAUACUCAAAAAAGUACAUGGGCGUCACAUUCGUUGA